AUGGACAGCAACUCGGUGUCGCCGAUGCCGGAGCUAGCGCCCAUUGCCGAGUUCGACAAGUCGCCGCCUUCGCCCCCCAACGAAGAGGUCCCGAUGGACGACCUGCCUCCGCCCCCCGCCACCAUCUCACACCCCGAGGCCAACCACAAUCACGUCAAGAAUUGCCACUAUGUGCCAAAAGAUGGCGCUGGUGUAAAUGAAAUUAGUAUCUUAUGA